AUGGCUGCCCCGCCUAACCCCUCCUCUGCAGAUCGCUCGCGACGCGUGUUCACCGUUGGGACUCGCAGUUCGAAGCUUGCUCUCAUGCAAACGGACAUGGUCGUGGCGGAGUUGAAGAAGGUUUGUCCCGAGUAUGAAUUCAAGAUCCACUCGCGCGAGACGGCGGGCGAUCGGAGCAUGAUUGCGUUGAGAGAUUUCACCACGAAGAACCUGUGGACGGAAGAGCUGGAAGAACUCUUAAUCAAGGGCGAUGUGGAUAUCAUUGUUCAUUCUCUGAAAGAUGUACCAACCCUUCUACCUGCCGGUUGCACUUUGGGCCCGACGCUAGAACGUGAGGAUUCUAGAGAUGUGUUAGUGAUGAAACAAGGCUCGACAGCGUCUAGCCUGGAGGAGCUGCCCGCAGGGUCGGUUGUAGGGACUUCCUCCAUCCGUCGGACUGCUCAGCUGGCACGCCUCUACCCUCGCCUUAAGGUGAUGGAUGUCCGUGGGAACAUCGGCACCCGUCUGGCCAAACUCGACGCCGAAGACGGUCCGUAUUCCUGCUUGAUUCUCGCCGCUGCGGGUCUGCUGCGUCUGGACCUGGGUGACCGCAUCACAAAGUAUCUCGAUUCAAAGAAUGGCGGGAUGCUCUACGCUGUUGGACAAGGUGCCUUGGGUAUUGAGAUCCGGAAAGAAGACGAGGCAUUGCAUCUGAUGCUGAGCAAGAUCGGCCACAACGAAACCACAUUUGCUGUCCUAGCAGAGCGCAGUCUGCUCCGCACCCUCGAGGGCGGCUGCAGUGCCCCCCUGGGUGUCGAGACAGAGUGGGUUCACACCGUUGAGGGGCUGAAGAAACUGAGGAUGCGAGCUAUCGUUGUCAGCGUGGAUGGAUCUGAAAUCGCGGAAGUUGAGGUCGAUGGUGACGUCGAUUCAAACGAGACUGCUGAAAGGUUUGGCAUCACGGUUGCCAACGCAUUGGUUGCUGAAGGUGCUGGGAAAAUCCUCGAGGCCAUCGAACGGACCAAGCGUGCUUCUUCUUAA